GACAAGCGGAAGUUAGGCAGAUGGGGCUUUGGGGUUUGGUUGUUGGACGGUAAGGCUGGGUCUGGACGGGGUUUAGGAUGACGGUGAGAGGAAAGUAAUGGAGUGUUUUUGUUGAUAAACAUGUUAUCCAGGUGUGUGUGAUUUACAGCCGCUUGGAGUCGAAGCAGAACUGGGCGUUUUCAUGUUGUGCGACUUGUUGUUGUUGUUGUUGCUGUUGCUAUUGCGCGAUCUCCCACUGGCGCUGUUGCCAGAGACGACUUGCACUCGUUUUUCCCAGGGUCAUCGGCCACUGCGCCCUUUUCCUCCCCACCGAGAGUGCGCAAAAUGACAGGAGAGAAGAUCCGCUCCCUCCGCAAGGACCACAAGCCGGGCAAGGACGAGGACCUGCUCGAGCCGGACGAGGAAGCGGCGACCGGCACGUUCACGUCGUCCACCAGGACUAGCAGCAAAGGCAAAAGCAACAAGAUCUUCAGCAACCACAAGAUCAUCAAAUCCGCGUCGCAGCACAGCCACAGCCACAAUCAUCAGCAACAGACUCACAUCAACGCCAACACUAACGGCAUCUCCACCCCGGAAACCAUCGACGAUAAAAACAAAAACCCGAUUAUUCGAAGCGCCGACGAUUUCCCCGUGCACGAGUGCGUGUUCAAAGGAGACGUGCGGCGAUUAUCGUCGCUUAUUCGCACUCAGAAUAUUGCACAGAAAGAUGUUCAUGGAAACACUCCUCUUCAUCUGGCUGUAAUGAUGGGUCAUAAAGAAUGUGCUCAUCUCCUGCUGGCCCACAAUGCACCAGUGAAGGUGAAAAACGCUCAGGGAUGGAGUCCUCUUGCCGAAGCCAUCAGCUUCGGAGACCGUCAGAUGAUCACAGCACUGUUGCGGAAGCUGAAGCAGCAGUCCAGAGAGAGCGUAGAGGACAAGAGGCCUCGGCUCCUCAAAGCCCUUAAAGAGCUUGGCGACUUUUAUUUGGAGCUUCACUGGGAUUUUCAAAGCUGGGUGCCUUUACUCUCUAGAAUUUUACCCUCGGACGCUUGCAAGAUCUACAAGCAGGGAAUCAACAUCAGGUUGGACACUACUCUCAUCGACUUCACAGACAUGAAAUGCCAGCGAGGAGACCUGAGCUUCAUCUUCAACGGCGACGCCAUUCCGUCCGAGUCCUUCGUGGUACUGGACAACGAGCAGAAAGUGUACCAGCGGAUACACCACGAGGAGUCGGAGAUGGAGACGGAGGAAGAGGUGGACAUUCUGAUGAGCAGCGACAUUUACUCAGCCACCCUGUCCACCAAAUCCAUCACCUUUUCCCGAGCACAGAGCGGCUGGCUCUUCCGCGAAGACAAAACCGAAAGGGUCGGGAAUUUCCUGGCGGAUUUCUACCUGGUCAACGGCCUGGUUCUGGAGUCGAGGAAACGGAGAGAGCACUUGAGCGAGGAGGAUAUUCUGAGGAACAAGGCUAUCAUGGAGAGCCUCAGCAAAGGAGGCAACCUCAUCGAGCAGAACUUUGAGCCGGUGAGACGCCAGUCCCUGACGGCUCCCACUCCGAACACUAUUUCCUGGGAGGAGUACAUCACAGCUGAGACUGGGAAAGCUCCUCAUCUUGGAAGAGAGCUUGUGUGCAAAGAGAGCAAGAAGAACUUUAAAGCCACUGUAGCCAUGAGCCAGGACUUUCCUCUCGGCAUCGAGUCGUUAUUAAACGUUUUAGAAGUGAUUGCACCCUUCAAGCACUUUAAUAAACUCAGAGAAUUUGUUCAAAUGAAGCUCCCACCAGGCUUCCCAGUGAAAUUAGACAUCCCCGUGUUUCCCACCAUCACGGCCACUGUGACGUUUCAGGAGUUCCGCUAUGAUGAAUUCGAGGAGUCCAUUUUCACCAUCCCAAACGACUACAAAGAGGAUCCCAGCCGCUUCCCAGAUCUCUGAUCCAGCUUUCUGUUUUUUUUUUCCUCUCUCUCUUUCUGCUUCUAUUCUCCUCUCCACUGCAUCUCCAUCUCUUAUCUUCUUCGGAUGUGACGCUACAGGAAGCUACCAUCAUCACAUCACUUCAUUGAGCUUCGAUACGAGACGCCUCUGCGGGGCUGAAAGACACAAACAAGGGUAGAAAACAGUUACUCUACGCGCUGUAUUGGGGUAAAGGGAUUGCGCUGUACUGACAUUGUAGUGACACUUUAGCAGACUACGGGACAUAUAAGCGGAAAUUAAAAGACUUUUUUGAAGCCAAUAGAUUAGCCAGGAGCACAAGGGAGCGGGACAGAGCACCACCCUAAUGCACUACAUCACUCCGCACAGUGCCGACGCCCCGAGGCUCCAGCCUAGCUCCUCUUCUUCAACACAUCCAUCGAGAGUGAACGUCCUCCCCUCCUCAACGCUUCCAUGUUACUCUGGCAGGAAAUGUGGCAUUACAAGUUCUCUAUUUAUGUUUGUCACGAUUUCUUAUACCUUUGUUACACAACUGUACUCUUCACGUUCAAGAAAACCAAUAGAAAUUUGAGGAAAUGACCUGAGUAUAAUUUUGCGUUGUAUGAAACCUGUCAAAAUAAUCGCUAUGUGCUUUUUACGGAUAAGAAGAUUCUCUGUAAAUACCUCUGUUUGGAUUUCAGUCCCAGAGCAGGGCGUGACGAGCUCUGCAAACGCUUCUGUUACUGCUUCUUUUUUUUUUUUUUUCCCACCCCAAUUUCCCACUUCAUGUUUUUGUGAUUCUCCUUUUCAUCCUUGACUGCACGGGACCACACGAGUUCCCCAAACAGCACAGGUUUUAUUUCCGAUCACACGUUUCUGAUCAUUUCCUACGGAAUUGAAUAAAGGAUCAGGCGCUCGUUUGUAAAUGCAGUGUACAGUUUGAGAUAAACCUGUUUAACAGAGGCACGACUUUCAGUGGACGAUGCGCAUGUUAUUUCUCACAUUAUUAUCCUCAUUUUUAUGAUAGAUGGAUGUAGAUAUAUACAACAUUUUAGAUUAUACAACAUCUAUACUGACAAACCUGUUAUGAUUGUAUUAUGUAAAAAAAAAAAAAAAAAGUUUUAGGAACAGCCCAUGAGAUGUAGAUGGGAAAUUCCUUAACUGGAUGUUUUUUAUUAGGAUUUUUUUUGUUGUGCAGCUGAAGUGGAGAGAAAAAGGAAAAAUGGUCAAAUUCACACCAGCAAGCAACAUGUCUGAAUUUGAAUAGAAUUUUAUUUAUGUAACCCUUGUUUUGUUUUUUAAAUCUACACUGGAUUUCUGUAUUUGGGGCUCCAAGGGGUCAGAUGUUAUAAAUGCUUCCAAACCACACUACUGGUUAGUGUGGCGAACCGGCGCCUGCUUUGUUUAUCCUUUUUUUUUUUUUUUUUUUUUUUUUUAAACUUCACAGCUUCAGGACUUCUUGUUUUUCUUGUUUUUUUUUUUUUUGUUUUUUUAGUUUGCGCCUUAAACUCCAGACCUGGUUUUCACCCGAACACAUGGAUAAACCAGUUGUACAGCAAGAACCUUGUAUGCCACACUUUUUCCCCCACGAGGAAUUGUACUUAAUAAAAUGUCUGCAUACCAAA